GCAUACAACAGAGUGGAGCGGCGUCGGCGGCGGACCUACCCUCACUUUUAGAGCCGUUUAAAAUGCGAAUAUAAUGAAUUUUUCUUCAGUGAGUGUAGCCGGGUCUAGCUCUCAAAAUGGAGGCCAGGUUGUUGUUGACGGGAUAAGUGUUAGCCGGUAGCUUACUUUUUUUCUUUCUUUUUUUCUUGGUCAUCUGGAUCCUACAUGGAAUUUCUUUCCGUCGCUACUACUAGCAGAAUGCUGAAGAGACAAGGGGCAGCUUUGAUGAACGUUGGCUAGAAUAGAGGGACAUUUUUGUCCCCCCCGCCACAUUAAACAACAUUGUUUUAAGAGACAUUUGUUUUUUAAAAACAGAAAGAAGUUCCCCCCUCCCCUCCCUCCCUCUUCUUCUCGGUGGGACUGGUGUUAGCAGCCGCGGUUCCGGGGCUCGGGUAACAGAAAGACAAGACACACCGAGGAGACUGCUCGGCUGUCUGGCUCCAGUCGUGGCCUGGCUCCGGGCACUCCCAGCUUAUCCGCUAGCAUUGGAGCACAAGCGACAAGACUAAGGCAAAGACAGCGAAGGUGGACUUGUUCUGCUGCACAUAGACCCGCGUCUCUGGAUAACUAUACACGUUUUUUUUAACACAGGAUAAACCCCUUCAUCUCACGCACGGCGUCUCCUAAAACAAUGGCGUCUUAUGUGGAUAACAGCUUUCGGCAGGCUGUGAUGAUGAAUCCGGCUGAAAGGACGCAACAGGACCUGGAGAUCGUCUACUCUUAUCUCCACGGCAUGGAGGCCUUGUCCAACCUCCGCGAGCAUCAGCUGAGGAUAAUGUGCGAGACGGUUCGUUAUGAGAGACACGAGGCCAACGAAGUGCUAUACUACCCUGAUGACAUUGGGAGCUGCUGGUACAUCCUGCUGUCAGGCUCCGUCUUCAUUAAGGAGUCCAUGUUCCUGCCCAGAAGCAGUUUUGGGAAGCGAUCAGCAGGCAGCCUGCGCCGUGGAUGUGAGUGCAUCGUACUGGAACCAUCAGAGAUGAUUGUGGUGGACUAUAUGGAUGAAAAUGAGGAAUACUUUCAGCGACAAGCCUCGCACAGACAGUCCCGCCGGCGCUUUCGGAAGAUCAACCAGAAAGGCGAGAGGCAGACGAUCAUCGACACAGUGGAUCCGUACCCCACAGGGAAGCCUCCCAUAGCCCGGGGAUACCACACGCUCCCCGCCGACUUCAGCAGACUUCACCUGGCCGACGGCUUGCACCCACAGGUGACCCACGUCUCCUCCAGCCACUCAGGAUGUAGUAUCACCAGCGACUCUGGAAGCAGCAGCCUGUCAGACAUUUACCAGGCCACAGAGAACGAACCGGGUGACAUGGACCUGAGUGGCCUCCCGGAGACCGCCGUCGACUCUGAGGAGGACGACGAUGAAGAGGACAUCGAGCGAGCGUCGGAUCCCCUCAUGAGCCGGGACAUUGUGCGAGAUUGCCUGGAGAAGGACCCGAUGGACAGAACCGAUGAUGACAUCGAGCAAUUACUGGAGUUCAUGCAUCAACUGCCGGCGUUUGCAAACAUGACCAUGUCAGUGAGGAGGGAACUCUGCGCCGUCAUGGUUUUUGCUGUGGUGGAACGCGCCGGCACCAUCGUUCUGAAUGAUGGAGAGGAGUUGGACUCCUGGUCGGUGAUUCUGAAUGGUUCGGUGGAAGUGACGUACCCGGACAACCGGACUGAGAUCCUGUGCAUGGGGAACAGCUUUGGGGUGUCUCCAACCAUGGAAAAGGAAUACAUGAAGGGUGUGAUGAAGACCAAGGUGGAUGACUGCCAGUUUGUGUGCAUAGCCCAGCAGGACUACUGCUGCAUCCUCAACCAGGUGGAGAAGAACAUGCAGAAGGUGGAGGAGGAAGGUGAAAUUGUGAUGGUGAAGGAGCACCGUGAACUGGACCGCACUGGCACCAGGAAAGGACACAUCGUCAUCAAGGGCACAUCGGAGCGUCUCACCAUGCACCUAGUGGAGGAGCACUCAGUGGUGGACCCCACAUACAUAGAGGACUUCCUCUUGACCUACAGGACCUUCCUCUCCAGCCCCAUGGUCGUGGGCAAGAAGCUGCUGGAGUGGUUCCACGACCCCAGUCUCAGGGACAAGGUUACACGGGUAGUCUUGCUGUGGGUAAAUAAUCACUUUAACGACUUUGAGGGUGACCCUGCUAUGACUCACUUUCUGGAGGAGUUUGAGAACAAUCUGGAGAAAGAAGUAAGUGUUAAUAAAAUGUGUGGGCAUCUUAGACUGUUAAAUAUUGCGUGUGCUGCUAAAGCCAAGCCGCGGCUGGUGACACUGACCAAGCCGUCCAGAGACUCUCCGCUGGCGUUCAGCCUGCUCGGAGGUCAGGAGAAAGGUUUCCGCAUCUUUAUCGAUGCCGUGGAGCCUGGGAGCAAAGCAGCGGAAGUCGGCCUUAAGCGUGGAGAUCAGAUCUUAGAGGUCAAUGGGCAGAACUUUGAGAAUGUCCAGCUCAGCAAAGCCAAUGAGAUUCUGAAGAACAACACCCACUUGUCAAUAACUGUGAAAACAAACCUUUUAGUGUUCAAAGAACUCCUUUUGAAGCCUGACCACGACCACGACCUGGACGGCGAGGAGGAGCACGACCGAAAGAACGGAGCGCCUCACCUUCCAAAGAUUGGCGACAUCAAGAAGGCCAGCCGCUACUCCAUCCCUGACCUGGCGGUGGACGUGGAGCAGGUGAUGGGCCUGGAGAAGGUCAGCAAGAAAGCCAAGUCCAACUCGGUGGGAGGACGCAACAAGCUGAAGAAGAUCUUCGACAAGACGAUCACCAGCAUCCUGCCUCCUAAACCAUACAAUGACGUUUGCGUGGGCCAAUCACAGGACGACAGCAUUGUGGGCAUGAAACAGUCCAAACAGAUCCCACCAGCUCUGCCCGUCAGCGGGAACCUCUCAUCGUCGAACCCAGACCUCCUGCAGUCUCACCAUCGCAUCCUUGACUUCAACAACCAGCCAGUUCCAGUCGUACCAAACAUGUCUGACCAGGUGCUGAGGGUCUUCAAGGCUGACCAGCAGUCUCGGUACAUCAUGAUCGGGAAGGACACGACGGCUAAGGAGGUGGUCGCCCAGGCCAUCAGGGAGUUCGCCCUGACUGCGGCGCCAGAGGCUUAUUCACUGUGUGAGGUGUCUGUCACGCCAGAGGGCGUCAUCAAGCAGAGGCGACUACCAGACCAGCUCUCCAAACUGGCUGACAGAAUUCAGCUGAGCGGAAGAUACUACCUAAAGAGCAACAUGGAGACGGAGACGCUAUGUUCAGACGAGGACGCCCAGGACCUCCUCCGAGAAGGCCAGAUCUCCCUGUUGCAGCUCAGUACGGUGGAGGUGGCCACGCAGCUCUCCAUGCGGGCUUUUGAACUCUUCUGCGCCAUCGAACCCACUGAAUACAUCGACGACCUGUUCAAGCUCCGCUCAAAGACGGGCUCGGCCAGUCUGAAGCGCUUCGAGGAGGCCAUCAAUCACGAGACGUUCUGGGUGGCCACGGAGGUGACGCGCGAGCCCAACCAGCUCAAACGCAUGAAGACGGUCAAGCACUUCAUCAAGAUCGCCCUGCACUGCCGCGAGUGCAAGAACUUCAGCUCCAUGUUUGCCAUCAUCAGCGGUCUGAACUUGGCUCCAGUCUCCAGACUGAGGGGAACGUGGGAGAAGCUGCCGAGCAAGUACGAGAAGCUGUUCGGGGACCUGCAGGACCUCUUCGACCCUUCCAGAAAUAUGGCCAAGUACAGGAACGUCCUCAACAAUCAAAACCUCCAGCCACCAAUUAUCCCUCUGUUCCCCGUCAUCAAGAAGGACCUCACCUUCCUACACGAAGGCAAUGACUCUAAAGUGGACGGCCUGGUCAACUUUGAGAAACUGAGGAUGAUUGCCAAAGAAAUUCGCCACGUCGGUCGCAUGGCGUCAGUGAAUAUGGACCCAGCUCUCAUGUUCCGGACCAGGAAGAAGAAAUGGAGAAGUUUAGGGUCUCUAAGCCAGGGUAGUGCCAACGCGACGGUGCUCGACGUCACGCAGACAGGGGGCCACAAGAAGCGGGUGCGUCGCAGCUCCUUCCUGAACGCCAAAAAGCUUUACGAGGACGCCCAGAUGGCCAGAAAGGUCAAACAGUACUUGUCCAACCUCAGCCUGGAGACGAACGAGGAGAGUCUGCAGACGCUGUCGCUGCAGUGUGAGCCCUCCAUCAGUACGCUGCCGAAGAAUGCUGGUGGGAAACGGCCGGACACGUCCCCAGUCGUGUCUCGGGCUGCCAGUCAGCAGAGGGGGCAGCUGGCCAAAGGAAACCAGGCCCUCCAGGUCCCCGCCGUGGCACUUUACCCAUCCCGGAAGAAAGUUCCGGUCAAAGAUCUGCCGCCUUUUGGCACCAGCUCCCCACAGUCUCUGAAGAAGAUUCUGUCGCUGUCGGAGGAAGGGAGCGACCGGCAUCGGAGGCAGCCAGAGGACACAGUGUCCAACGCCUCCUCCCAGCUCUCCUCCCCUCCCACCUCCCCCCAGAGCUCGCCCAAGAAGGGUUACAACAGGAUGGGAGACGCCUACUCAGACUCUGGUCACAGUGAGAUCUCGUCUCGCUCCAGCCUCGUCAGUAACUCCUCCUUCGACAUGGCCCAGGAGGAGAGGAGACUCCGCCACUCGGGAGGAGUCGGGGAAUCUCACAUCGGGGGAACGCGGCUCGAACGAAGAGCCACCACUGAUCCUGACCAGUACAGCCUUGGGUCGUAUUCGUCGAUGCAGGACUGUCGGGGUAUCUAUGCCGGCUGCCCCACGGUGCUCUCCUCGCCCAGUUCAGAGGAGCUAACUCAGGAUCAGGGCGAUCGGGUUUCCCUCGAUGCCGCCGACAGCGGCCGCGGAUCCUGGACUUCCUGCUCCUCUGGUUCCCACGACAACAUUCAGACAAUGCAGCAGGGACGUAGCUGGGAGACUCUGGCUUUCGGUGGAGGCGGCAUCGGAGGCCUCCCGCCCGGUGGACCGGAGGCAUUUUUAGGAGGACCCGCUGCUCUGUGGGCAGCGCAGGCCAGAGGCAGCUGGGCGUCCGCCAGCUCCUCCUCGUCCUCGGCCGCGUACUGGGGCGAGGACUCCGAGGGCGACACUGGCACCAUCAAGAGGAGAGGAGGGAAGGACGUCAACGCCGACCCAGAGACCAGUAGCAUCACAUCGACUGGGUCGGAGGAGGCCAAACAGCUGGGCCGGCCGUCUCCGUCGCCCAUCACAGCCGGGGGUAAAGGCCUCAUUUCGCGGAAAGAAAGCCGUUACCGCGAGCCUCCCCCGACCCCCCCAGGCUACACCGCCCUGACCAUCUCUGACCUCGCCGAAGGACAACACCCGGCGCCGAACGCCCCCACGCCCACGUCGACGCACUCGGGCCGCCGGCCGCCCGACUACACCACGGCGCUGCAGCGCUCCCGCAUGGUCACGCAGUCGCCCGACUCUCACCAGGCCCACCAGGGGGCGAAGCAGAGGUCGGGCGGCCUCCACCGCACUCGCUCACCGGCCGAGGACCAAGAGCCCGAUGAUGAAGAGGAGGGUGAGUCCUUGUCUUCCAAACUAGUCGCUCUGAGGAAGCCAAAGCCAGUGGCACGGCAUACACCCGAGACUCCCAGACCCUGAGAGUGUGUGUGCGGGGGUAAACAGGCAGGGCCCCUCCCUCAAAGGCAGAGGACGAGCAGGUGUCGGCAGUGUGAGCGAGCGAGGGACGGACGGCGGUCGCGACGUCCUCUCGCUGUAACUUGAAGUCUGCCUGUGUUCAUGGCGCUGAAGAAGAAACAAGGACUCAUCGUCAGUUAGAUACGUGCCUGCCUCCCUCCUCCACAGGUUCUCCCUCCUGGUCAGUGGGUUCCUCUGCUCGUCUCCCUCUCCCCUGCCUUAAAGCAUCAUGGGGGGUUGAAAGACCCUGCAUGCAAAAAAAUACUGUGAAGAAGAAGAAGAAGAAGAGGAGGAGGAGGACGGAGAUGGAGAGGAGGUCAAAGACGAUGUCUGGCACUUUGGAGAAAAGACGCGUUCACACAGAAAAAACACAUUUUGACGUCGCUGUUAGAAACGGGACCGGCUCCUUAAGACCUGGACCCAUUGACACAAACCCCGCCCCCUCCACCCCAAACCCCCACCUGUUAACGACAACAUGACGUGUUGAGCUUCAUCUGCACUUUUUUUCUCAUUUUCUACUUUCUAAAAAAAACAAAAACAGAACAAAGAACUCAAACCCGACGGAGAGAGAAAACUACGUGACUUCCUUCUAGAUUUCAUUAUUUCUUCUUUUUUUUUUUUUACAUUUCUUUGACUGAUUGCACUCCGGGAGCCGAAAAGAAAAAAAAAGAAGAGAGAAAUUAAGUUAUAAUAAACCUUAAAUCUUACAUUUCUCUGCCUGGACUGAAGAAGAAGACAAAAAAAACAUCUGUUGUUGAGUGUUCAAACUCAAAAAAAUCCAGUAUUAUCCACACGUGGAAUCUUAUUAAAGUUCGGAGGAGAGUAAACACACACACACACACACAGAGACAAAGCACUUUCAGCACAAUCCCAGAUGUUGCCAGAUGUUUUGACCUGGACACCAGGGUAUGACUGAAUCAUGUCACGUCGCCUCGGAGCGUGUCCGGUCAUUCCAUCAUCAUCAUCAUCAUCAUCCUCCUCAUCCUCGUCAUCAGACUGUGGUUAUGCUGUUACAUUGGGAGUGAACUGUUUGGUUUUUAAUCAACAACAAAAAAAAGCACAUGACGUCAACGACGGCGGCGUCUCGUGAGGUCGACUGGAGGAGGAGGAGGAGGAGGAGACUCCGCCCUCGCCGGCCAGAUUCAAAGCUUCUGACGGACGCGGACGCCGCUGGGAAUCUGCAUCGCUCGUGGGUCAAAGGUCAAACUGUUCUCUGAGGUUAGAAAAGUGGCCUCUCGUCCCCUUUUUUAGAAACCAGGGUAUUAAACGUCCACAGACGUCGGACAGAAGCUGCGUACGUGUGUUCAGCUGUAAAGUUUUUUACAAACAAUCUUGUACAGAGUCUUAGGGGCCGACACACACACACACACAAGAGCGAGUUUAUCUAUCUUUAGGAGAAUCUGCAAAAGGUUUCUUAUCAUAUCGGCUUUGUUUUCAUGUCAGGAGAACGAUGAUAUCAGAGUCCCACCUCUCUAAUCCUCAACAGACGUCAUUCUUCUCCUUCUUCUCCUUCUCCUUGUGUUUUGUACACAUUCUGUUUGGCAUAUGAAAGAGAGAGGAAAAGAUCACAAAGGGAGAGUUGUGUUUCCAUGUGGAUAAGGCCUUAAAUAACACACGUACACACUUCCCUUCAAAAUAAAAAAGCAUCCACAAAUGAUCCGAUUGGAAAUCCACCUCCUGAAACGUGAACGCGUCGCGUCGAAUGUGGAAAAAAGCGCCUUACGGUGACGCGUACGUGAUCGCAUCCUCACACGGGAGCGCGAGGGAAAAAUGCCUUAUUCAAGAUACUCCCCUCCAUGUUUUUGUUUAUUAAGACUCAAGUACAAGAUCUAAAGAUAUACCGUUACAUGAGGGGGGCCACCACCGCCCUGUGUUAAGCCCCCCCCCCCCCCACCACAUCUCUUCUUCCUCUGCUGUCAUGUGACCACGAACUCUCACAUGUGACAUCAGCAGUCUGUAUAUCGCUCACACUUGUGCAUCCAGCUUUUCCAGCAUAUCUCCAUCAGUGGAAGUGACUAAAUAUUUAAUUUCUUUUCUUUUUUUAAAUGACUCCGGUGGGGAAGCUGACGAAUGAAGAAACUUUUUUGUUUGUUUUUUGUUUUCACGGCUGCCAAUCAGACUGAUUUUCUUCUCCCUUCUGUCACUGAUUGAUUCGCACUGAUCACAUUGAUCAGUCUCGGAAACUACGGACUGAAGAGAAGACGAUGAACGAGCGCAGUGUUUUUCCCACUGUGACGACAUGUUAAAUGAUUCUUGGAGGGGCGGGG